AUGGCUAGAGCUGUCGACUACAUGCUAACUAACAAUGAACGGAGAAUCAAAGCGAAUAAUAGGGAGUACAAUGCACAGUUUCGCUAUGCGAACAACUACAUCAAGACGUCGAAAUACUCGAUAAUUACGUUCCUGCCAUUGAAUCUGCUGGAACAGUUCCAGCGGCUUGCAAAUUUCUACUUCCUGUGUCUGCUAGUGUUGCAACUCAUCCCUGCCAUAUCUUCGUUGACGCCCAUCACCACAGCAAUCCCGCUUAUUGGGGUACUUGCGCUUACUGCCGUUAAGGACGCCUACGACGAUUUUCAACGUCAUCAAAACGACUCGCAAGUGAACCAUCGGAGAGCUAAAACGCUGCGCAAUGGCAAACUGGUGGAAGAGAAGUGGGCGUCUGUUCAAGUGGGAGACGUCAUACGGCUGGAGAACGACCAGUUCGUCGCUGCCGACAUACUCCUGCUUAGCAGCUCUGAGCCCAACGGUCUCUGUUACAUCGAGACUGCUGAACUGGAUGGGGAGACGAAUUUAAAAUGUCGCCAAUGUCUUCUGGAGACGGCGGCGAUGGGCCAGGACGACGCACAACUAGGCGCUUUCGACGGCGAGAUCGUCUGCGAAACGCCCAACAACUUACUUAAUAAGUUUGAAGGUACGUUAAGCUGGCGAGAUCAGCACUACUCAUUGGACAACGACAAGAUCCUACUCCGUGGAUGCGUGCUGCGGAACACGUCGUGGUGUUACGGUGUGGUCGUGUUCGCCGGGAAGGACACGAAGCUCAUGCAGAACUCCGGGAAGACCAAGUUCAAACGUACCAGCAUUGAUAGGCUACUUAAUUUUCUUAUUAUAGGGAUAGUAUUCUUCCUGCUGUCGAUGUGCGUGUUCUGCACGGUGGCGUGCGGCGUCUGGGAGUGGCUGGUGGGGCGCUACUUCCAGGUGUACCUGCCCUGGGACACGCUGGUGCCCGCCGAGCCCGCCUCGGGCGCCGUCGUUAUCGCCUUCCUCGUCUUCUUCUCCUACGCGAUCGUCAUGAACACCGUCGUGCCCAUAUCGCUCUACGUCUCCGUCGAGGUCAUAAGAUUUGCACAGAGUUUCCUCAUAAACUGGGACGAGAAAAUGUAUUACGACAAGACAGGGACCGCGGCUAAAGCGCGAACGACUACGCUCAAUGAAGAACUUGGCCAAAUCCAGUACAUAUUUUCGGACAAGACGGGAACUUUGACACAGAACAUAAUGACGUUCAACAAGUGCUCGAUAGCGGGCGUCUGCUACGGCGACGUUGUCGACGAGAAUACGGGCGAGACGGUCGAGCUCACAGAGCGGGCGAGGGGUGCGAGGGACGCGAAGUUUGCGCGGGGGGCGCGGGACGUGCCGCGCGCGCGCCUGCUGGAGUUGGAGCACGAGCAGGGCCGCAGCACGCCGGGCGCGCGUCGCCCCGCCGCCACGUCUGCCACCACUGCCACGUCCGCCAUUACCGCCACACACAGCACGGAGCCGCUGGACUUCUCGUUCAAUCCGGAGUACGAGCCGGAGUUCAAGUUCUUCGACUCAACGCUGCUGGAGGCGGUGCGGCGCGGCGACCGGCACGUACACGACUUCUUCCGGCUGCUUGCACUCUGCCACACCGUCAUGCCGGACCAGAAGAACGGACGCCUCGAGUACCAGGCUCAGUCACCGGACGAGUCGGCGCUGGUGUCGGCAGCAAGAAAUUUCGGUUUUGUGUUCAGAGAACGCUCGCCUAAUAGUAUUACAAUAGAAGUAAUGGGUGAAACAGAGGUGUAUGAAUUGUUGUGUAUAUUAGAUUUUAAUAAUGUUAGGAAACGAAUGUCCGUGAUUUUAAGGAAAGAUGGUGAAAUUAGAUUAUACACGAAAGGUGCUGACAAUGUAAUUUAUGACAGAUUAAAAAGAGAAGGGCAAGCAGAAGUGAGGGCCAGAACCCAAGAGCAUUUAAAUAAGUUCGCGGGCGAGGGGCUGCGCACGCUGGCGCUGGCGUGGCGGCCGCUGGAGGAGCGCGGCUUCGCGGAGUGGAAGCGCCGCCACCAGGCCGCCGCGCUGGCGCUGCGCGACCGCGACGAGCGCCUCGACGCCAUCUACGAGGAGAUCGAGACCGACCUGCUGCUCCUCGGCGUGACUGCCAUAGAAGACAAACUACAAGACGGCGUUCCAGAAACCAUAGCAAACCUCAGCAUGGCCGGAAUAAAGAUAUGGGUACUAACAGGGGACAAACAAGAAACAGCUAUUAACAUCGGCUACUCGUGCCAGCUGCUAACAGACGACAUGGCCGAAGUGUUCAUCAUUGAUGGCGUGUCACACGACGAUGUGGACCGACAACUUGCCAAGUGCAGAGACUCUAUACGAGUCGUAAACACCUUUUUACCACACGGGUCUGGAUCGCACGGGUCGGCUAACGGCGGCGCGGGGGGUGCGGGCGGCGCGGGUGGUGCGACGCGCCCGUCGCCCGGCCGCGCCGCCAACGUGAAGUUGAACGCGCCCGCCGUCUCCGUCGUCACAUUUAGCAACGAAUACAGCGCGGGCGGCACCUGCUCGACAGAGACGCAAGAGCACGGCAGCGACGACGCCAACGGGUUUGCCAUCGUCGUCAACGGACACUCGCUGGUACACUGCCUGCAUCCCAAGCUCGAGGAGAAAUUUCUGGAUGUGGUGUUGCAAUGUCGUUCCGUGAUCUGUUGCCGAGUGACACCGCUACAGAAGGCAAUGGUGGUGGAACUUAUAAAGAAAAGUCGAAAGGCUGUAACGCUGGCGAUUGGCGACGGUGCGAAUGACGUCUCGAUGAUUAAAGCGGCGCACAUAGGAGUGGGUAUUUCAGGGCAGGAAGGCAUGCAAGCAGUAUUAGCAUCGGAUUAUUCGAUAGCGCAGUUCCGGUUCCUCCAGAGGCUACUUCUAGUGCACGGACGCUGGUCGUACUACAGAAUGUGCAAGUUCCUGCGGUAUUUCUUUUAUAAGAACUUCGCGUUCACCGUCUGUCACUUCUGGUUCGCGUUCUUCUGUGGCUUCAGUGCGCAGACCGUGUUCGACGAGAUGUUUAUCUCUGUAUACAACUUGUUCUACACGUCGCUGCCCGUGCUUGCAUUGGGUGUGUUCGAGCAAGACGUAUCGGACGCCACCUCGCUGCAGUUCCCGAAACUCUACGUCCCGGGACACACCAGCCAACUCUUCAACAAGACUGAGUUCAUCAAGUCUACCUUGCACGGAUGUUUCACCUCACUCGUGCUGUUUCUUAUACCUUACGGUACUUACAAGGACGGAUUGGCACCCGACGGCAAGAUUUUAUCGGAUCACAUGUUGCUGGGAAGCGUCGUCGCAACUAUUUUAAUCAUUGACAACACUACGCAGAUCGCGCUCGACACGACGUACUGGACAGUUUUCAACCACGUCACGAUAUGGGGUUCGCUGGUGUCGUACUUCGUGCUGGACUACUUCUACAACUACGUGAUAGGCGGCCCGUACGUGGGUUCGUUGACUGUUGCACUCACGCAAGCCACGUUUUGGUUCACUGCUGUACUUACUACGAUGAUCCUGAUGGUGCCGGUGGUGUCGUGGCGGCUGGCCAGCUCGUGGACGCGGCCCACGCUAGCGGAGCGGCUGCGCGCGCGGCAGCGCUGGCGCGCGGGUGCGCCGGCGCCGCGCACACCGUCCGCGCGCCGCGUGCGCCGCUCCGUGCGCUCGGGCUACGCCUUCGCACACCAGGAGGGCUUCGGCCGCCUCAUCACCUCGGGCAAGAUCAUGCGCCGCAUCCCGCACGCCGCGCUCGCUUCGCUGCCCGGCAAGUUCCACCCGCGCCCCACCACGCCGCCGCCCUCGCCCGCGCCCACCGAGCCAUCCACGACCCCCACGCCGCCCACACCGCCCUCGCCCCGCGCGCCCAAGCAGGACCUCGACUCGGUCGACUUAUGA